GGGACUCGGACAGCCGCUGCGCCUCGUGCCGGUGCCGCCUGCUGCGUCGGCCGGCUCCGGCUUCACGCCGGGACUCGAGCGCUGGUCCUCGAGCGGCCAGUCUCCGGCCUCGUCGGGCGGCCGGUGGGCCAGGCAGAGGACGGAGCGUCGAUCGGCCGUCAGGCGGUAGGCGUCGCCUUGGCACAGACGUCGGGUGCAGACGAGGCAUGUGAAACAGGCGACGUGGAAGAGGACUCCGGCACCGGCUCGAAUCACCAAGUCCGUCUCGACGAACCGGCACUGGCAGCGCGCACAAACGCAGCUACUGAAAGAGACGAAGCAAGACGAUUGCAAUGCAGGCAAGCCGAGCGAUAA